UAUUUUUACAAAAUAAACUUUAUCUACACUUUGAAGAAGAGGAAAAGAAACUCGGUUAAUCUGAAAUAACAUAUUAUCAUUUAUCACCAAGUUUACCGCCGGCAUCAGACGUUGUUUAAAAGCAGUCCGACAAAUGUAAACGCGGCCUAACAACAACCUUGAAAUCGUGUAAACACUUUAAAAUUACAUAAUAUAAUCUAAUACCGGUAAUCAUGAGUGCCAUGGGGAUAAACGCGCGCGUUCUCAAAACUGCGCAUUUGUUAGCAACAGGCCAAGCGAAGCACACAUUUCAGAGUAAAAGAACUUUUGCUGUAACAAAUAAUUUAAACAUGAAAUUUGUUCAAUUUACGUAUCCUUCGAACCCGAAUGAGAUUCGGGUGGGAUAUUUAGAAGGGGAUAAAGUUGUAGAUAUUAAUAAGGCUGACUCAUUGAUGCCUUCUACGAUGUUAGGAGUGCUAAACUAUGAACAUUGCAAUAGGGUAUUUGGAUUUCCAACGCACAAACCUCCCUCGGUACCAGUUUCCGAAGUUACUCUCAAGGCACCAAUCACAGGAGUUGACAAGAUCCUAUGUGUAGCUUUAAACUAUGCAGACCAUUGUAAGGAGCAGAAUUUACAAGAACCGAAAAUACCAAUUAUAUUCAGCAAGUAUGCUAGGACGAUCAUUGGACCGAAUGAGUCUGUGAAAAUAAGGACUGAUGUUGUUAAGAAACCAGACUGGGAGGUGGAACUGGCAGUCGUCAUCGGCAAGACUGGUACUAACAUAAAGGCGGAAGAGGCUAAAGACUAUAUCUUCGGAUAUACCAUUGCUCAAGACAUCACUGCUAGAGACUGGCAGAAGGAGAAAAAUGGGGGACAGUUUUUACUUGGCAAGUCUCAAGACACAUUCUGCCCCCUGGGUCCGUACAUAUUAUCGGCCGAUGAAGUCCCGGACCCACACAACUUGUCCAUUUGCUGCAGUUUGAACGGCGUGGUGAAGCAAAGCAGCAAUACCUGCCAAUUGAUUCAUACCAUCCCUAAGAUUAUUGAGAGGAUUACUACUGUAAUGACUCUAUACCCGGGCGACAUAAUAUUGACCGGCACACCCGGAGGAGUGGGGGUACACCGCAACCCCCCCGAGUUCCUCAAGCCGGGGGACAAACUCGUCAGUGAGAUCGAAAGGCUGGGCACUUUGGAAGUCAAAGUUGAACAGUUCUAGUCAUAUCUUUGUUUAAAUUACCCGUUUUCACCAACAAUCUCUUAACGUUUCCCUAACUAAGUGUUAGAAUAAGGGCUCCCCCAAUAAUAAAGACAAUACGGGACA